CCGGGCCCUCGCCCCGCACCGACCGCCCCGCGCCCGCCACAGCGCCCGGCACAGCGCCCGGCACGGCGCUCAGCACCGCCCGCACCGCCCGCACAGCCCGCACCGCCGCUGAGACACCGCCCGCGGGAUCGAAUUUCUCUCUGGCUGAGGCUCCUUCGCUUCCAGGAUGGAGAUGAGUCGGGAGAAGCUGUGUGCCAGCAAGGCUGAGGGCAGCUCAGACUCUGGCUAUCACUGCUCAGCCUGUCACGAUGACGAGGAGUGGGGCAACACCAGCCGGGGACGGUCCAAGUCACGAAGUCUGUCGGCUUCACCAGCCCUGGGAAGCACCAAAGAAUUCCGGAGAACGCGCUCCCUGCACGGACCAUGCCCAGUGACCACGUUUGGACCAAAGGCCUGUAUGCUGCAAAACCCUAAAACCAUUAUGCACAUCCAGGAUCCAGCCAGCCAGCGGUUGACGUGGAACAAACCCCCCAAGAGUGUCCUUGUGAUCAAGAAGAUCCGUGAUGCCAGUUUGCUGCAGCCUUUCAAGGAGCUUUGCGUGUACCUGACCGAGGAGAACAAUAUGAUAGUGUACGUAGAAAAAAAGGUGUUGGAAGACCCUGCCAUAGCUAAUGAUGAGAAUUUUGGACCAGUGAAGAAGAAGUUUUGCACCUUCAGAGAAGAUUAUGAUGAUAUCUCCAAUCAGAUAGACUUUAUCAUUUGCCUGGGAGGAGAUGGGACCUUGCUUUAUGCUUCUUCACUCUUCCAGGGUAGUGUCCCUCCAGUUAUGGCUUUUCAUCUGGGAUCCCUUGGAUUUCUUACUCCAUUUAAUUUUGAGAAUUUUCAGUCCCAAGUCACUCAGGUUAUAGAAGGCAAUGCAGCUCUGGUUCUCAGGAGCAGGCUCAAGGUGAAGGUGGUGAAGGAGCACAGGGAGAAGCUGACGGUCCAGAACGGGAUCGAGGAGAACGGAGUCGUGUCUGCAAACCUGGAGAAAGAAGUGGGCAAGCAAAUUAUGCAAUAUCAGGUCCUGAACGAGGUCGUGGUGGAUCGUGGUCCUUCCUCCUACCUGUCCAACGUGGAUGUGUUUCUGAAUGGACACCUGAUAACCACGGUGCAGGGAGAUGGGGUCAUUGUGUCCACCCCCACGGGCAGCACGGCGUAUGCAGCUGCAGCAGGAGCCUCCAUGAUCCACCCCAACGUUCCUGCCAUCAUGAUCACCCCCAUCUGCCCACACUCCCUGUCCUUCAGGCCCAUCGUGGUUCCUGCUGGGGUGGAACUCAAGAUCAUGCUGUCCCCUGAUGCCAGGAACACAGCCUGGGUUUCCUUUGAUGGAAGGAAGAGGCAGGAAAUAUGCCAUGGAGACAGUAUUAGCAUCACUACCUCUUGCUACCCCCUUCCUUCCAUCUGCUUCCGAGACCCCGUGAGCGACUGGUUCGAGAGCCUGGCCGAGUGUCUGCACUGGAACGUGAGGAAGAAGCAAAACAACUUUGCUGUGGAGGAAGAAGAAUUUUGAGUGUCUGCAUCUCCCCAGACCCGUGGGAAUGGAGUGUGGCAGUAUCCCCUCUGUCUGCUUGGAUUUUGGAGCCUUUGGCUGCCAGCGUGGACCUGCGCUGUGGUUGUGGUUUUAUAUCUGUGAGAUCCCGUGGCUGGGAAUUGUGUUACUGCUCCCUGUGCAACCAAGGGUAGGGAUGGAAGAAAUUGGGCUCUAGUUGCUGUAGUCCAGGGUGAAUUUCCUUCUGGAAACUGGAUUCUUUCUGAUUGAGAGCGACAGCCACAUCUGCAGCUUUGAUUGUAACCUCUCCCUUACCAAGGGCAUGAAUGUAGAUACACCCCAGGAGAGUGGCAUUAAAACAGCCUGGUUUAUUUGGUAUAUUUGUAAUUCCAUUGAACACUGCUACGAGUAUAAAGGCUCUAAGAAGUUUUCUUAAAAAAAAAAAAAAAGAUAAUCUCUCCUCUUUGUUAGCUUAAAUACAUCUGGCCCAGAAAACACUCUCUUACUCUCAGAUGUGACACGCUGAAGAAACACCCCUGGAGGAUGUUUUUUAUUGAUAGAUGGAACUAGCACAAAAAAGUAUCUAUUUUUUAUGUAUACAUUUCUGUCUCUUGUGCCCAUUUGAACAGUGGCUGACCCUUGGCUGUCAGCACUGUGGAAAUACCCACAAAUAUUAUUAGUUAUUGCAGCUAUCUCUGGUUUUGUAGCUGAGCUGCUUUUAGAGCUCUGCAGUUCCUGCUGCUGGGAAUCAUCCAUGUGUUGUGUUUUUCUAAUUCUUUUUGUUUGAUUCCCUGGAAUAGCAUUAGAGACCACCAUGUUUUUUAAAAAGAAAAAACAAAACAGUCCUCCAAGUGUUCAGGAAGAAUCUGGACUUCAAUUGCUACAACAUUGUCUAGUUCCACUAUUGUCUUGAGGAAAAUAUCCUGUAAUGCCCUCAACUUCCAUGGAUAUCCCUUCCAGCUCUUGGUGCUGAGUAAAAGAGGACGGGAUACUGCUCUGGUGGCUGGAGAAUUGGAGAGGACACAUUCCCAGUGGAGUAGCAACGGUGCCUUCAGCGCUCAAGAUUAUUCUGAGUCUCGUGUUUUUCCUUUUCUAAGAUGCUUUCAGAGGUUUCUAACUUCUCUCUGUACAUAUUUUAUCGUCUGUGCUUUUUCUGAAAGAACAAAAAACAAAAAAAACCCAACGGAAGAACUGGUUGGGGGGGGAAAAAUAAAAAAGGGUUUGCCCUGUACUUUACCUGAGAACCAGCAAACCCCAGGAUAAUGUUUACAUUUAUGUUCUCUGUGGUGCAGUCUCAUGAUCAUUAAUUACCCAAACUUUAGCAUUUUUCAGUCUUGCUGCAUCGGCUGGUGAAGGAGUGGGCAGGAGCUGUUGCAGUUGGAGUCUUGCAGUGGAAUUAGUUUCCUGGUUGAGGUGGGAUUUCCUUGGAAACAGAGUGAGGAGCUCUGGUGAACUUUCCCUGGUCGUCUUACGUUGUUUCUGUGGUCCAAAGUGGAGAUGGGAAGUGUGUUCAUUCCCAGACCCUGCCUGGCCUCUUGUCCUCUGAUGGUCUGAAUAAUGUCUCAUCCAUUCUGGGUGCUGCCCUAGUCUGAGUUCAUUAAAUCCAGGUGAGAGCACUUUGCCAUAAAAGAGAAGCAAACUCUUGGUUCAAAUCACAGUGAAAGUGUGUUGGUAGAAACGAACACUCGGUUUGUAAAUGCUGUAAAAUAGAAUAUUGGUUUGAUUUGGUCUAAACAGACGGAUUUUGUGGUACCUGGGAGAAUAUCCAGGUAAGCUUUUGGGAUUUCUCUUUCACUUGAAUCUGCAGUAAUUGCUUUAUCACUGUUUUCGAAGCUGCUUACGGGUUUGCUGGGUGGAGUAUCCAGUUAUUUGAUAACUGUUUACUUUUUGAACUGUAGAAGUGUCAGGCUUUUUUGCUUUGAAACUAUUUUAUUUAAACAUGCAAUAAUUGAGAGAAGGAACAGGGUAUGGGGAAAUGCCUGGUGAGGUGGAAAAGGAGUGGAGUUCUAGGCACACUAGGAAGUGGGAAUCAUUUUGCAGAGGCAAGGUGAAAUGAUUUAUGAGCCUUAUCUAGUAUUUUUUUAAAGAUAAAACUAUAUUCAGCACUUUUUAUUUAUGCUUUUUAUAAUAGUAAAGCUGUUCUUGACUAAGUGGCCGGACUUUUGAUUUUCAGAGUGCACAGGUCAUGGAAUCUGUAAUCAAAGUGUACUGAACUACUUUAGAUCUACGUUAGGGGUUGGCUUUGAAUUUAUUCUUUCAAUUUAUCACCCACUGCAGCUGCACUGCUGGCUCUGAGGCUGCUGCAGUUUUGCUUGGGGAGCACUCCCUGCUGAGGAGGUGUUUGGGUGUGUGCUCAGCCAAGGCAGAGCUGCAUCACCCACCCGAGGCAGGGCUGACUCGGGGCUUGAUUUUUCCUUCCAAAAGCUGCCUUGAUCCCAGUUAUCCCAACUGCUCUGUGCCCAAGCACGGCCCAGGCUGUGCUCAGGCAUCUCAGACUUAUCUGAGUGUACAAAGUCCCUGGGCAAGGCUUUUAAUCCACGAGCUGUAAUUCCCAAACCGUAAUUCCCAAGCAGGAGAGGGAGGCUGAGCAGCAACUGGGGUUUUCAGACUCAGCUGCUGUCACGUGGGUGAAUUUUUUGCUCAGAGCUGAACCAGAAAAAAAAAAAAAAAAGCUGUAAAUGCACACUCGGUUCGUUGGCAAUAAAACCUCGUUCUGCUGAUGUAGCUCAUUCGAAUUAACUCGUUGAAACUGUACUAAAAACAAAAAAAAAUAGGGUUUUGCUGAUUAGGAGUUUCUAAAACAAGGGGUUUGUGGGUGUCCCUGUACCCUGCAGAUCCUUUCCAGUCUACAAAGGGCCAAAAUGGAAGCUGGGAAAAUGAAUUUGUUUUUUUUUUUAAAAAAAAAGUUAUUAUCCUCUAGUAGAAAUUGAAGUCAUUAACAACUGUGUAGCACGGAAUAAAGCAGUGUACUGAAUUUUUAAAAGCUGAAAAAUCCUGUUACAUAUUGUUAACGCAUUGAGAACUCGUUUUGAAUAUUGUUGAAAACGAAUAUUUUUCAAUCCUUUCAAUAAAAUCUUUUUGUAAAGUUGCA